GAGUGCUGGCAGCGCUCCUUGCGGUUGAAUUGCUAGUUAAAGUGGAUGUUGAAUGGCGUAUGUGGUGUUGCGAGUUAAAUCGUGAAAUAUUAGUUGAUUGCGUUAUGGUUCGGUGAGAAUAAAUGAACUAAUCGAUAGUGUAAUUAGUGUGUUUAGUGAAAAUGUACAAUUGCACCGCGGAUAGAGGAUCUGGAGAUGGGAAUUCCGUAUCGCCACCAACACAAACACACACCAUGAAGAAUACUGUCAAAAAAGAAGGCGUGACGAUGCGCGAGAAAAAAGGAGGAGCCCUUCAAAAGCUGAAGAAGCGCUUAUCACACAGCUUCGGAAGAUUAACAAUAUCGCGGGAAGAUGGUGAAGAAUCCCAUCAACAUCACCAUCACCACCAUCAUCAUCAUCAUCACAGGGGUGGUCAUCAGAAUCACAGCAGUAAAGUACCUUUCAAUGGAUACAACUCUGAUGAGUAUUUGGACAGAUUGGAGCCGAAUGGCAAUAUUCCAGCAGACAAAUCUGACUUACGAUACGGAAAACAUUGGACAGAAGUCAACGAUCAUGAACGUGUUCAACGACAGUUGUCUGUGUCAUCCGAUAGCAAACUGCUCGAUGACGAUAUUAGGGAAGAGACUCGGGUAAUAAUGCGACCGAAAAAGCCACCCAGACCUAAAUCCGAAGUUUUUCUCAACAAACAGGACCCGCAUCCAAGACGAAAACGCUUCAGUGCAUUUGGGGGUGAUUCUCCAUUUGGCAAAUCGGACGCCUACAUUAAACUGGAACAACUUGGUGAAGGUUCCUAUGCGACAGUCUACAAGGGAUAUAGCAAUUUAACCAACCAAGUGGUGGCACUGAAAGAAAUUAGACUGCAAGAGGAGGAGGGUGCUCCAUUCACGGCCAUAAGGGAGGCAUCACUUCUGAAAGAACUGAAACACUCCAACAUUGUGACACUCCAUGAUAUUGUUCACACUCGUGAAACUCUGACCUUUGUGUUUGAAUAUGUGAAUACGGAUUUAUCGCAAUAUAUGGAAAGACACCCCGGAGGAUUGGACCAUCGGAAUGUCAGAUUAUUUCUGUAUCAAUUGCUCCGUGGAUUGUCGUAUUGUCACAAAAGGCGAGUCCUGCAUAGAGAUGUAAAGCCACAGAAUCUGCUGAUCAGCGGAUUGGGUGAGCUCAAAUUGGCGGACUUUGGUCUAGCCAGAGCUAAGAGUGUCCCCAGCCAUACCUACUCAAAUGAGGUGGUAACAUUAUGGUAUCGUCCCCCUGAUGUUCUUCUGGGUAGCACGGAGUAUUCCACAUCCUUGGACAUGUGGGGUGUUGGUUGCAUAUUUGUGGAAAUGAUUACCGGAAUGCCAACAUUUCCGGGCAUUAGAGACACAUACGAUCAGCUAGAUAAAAUAUUUAAAUUGCUGGGAACACCCACCGAGGAGACAUGGCCUGGUGUAACUCAUUUGCCGGGUUACAAGCCCAAACUACUAGGAUUCUACAGGGCAAGAAAAUUGGGUCACAGUUUUCCACGAUUGUAUGAUAUUGUGGAGGGUGAAGCGAUGGCUAGUGCAUUUUUACAAUUGGACCCGGAGAAGAGGAUAGGUGCUGAGUGGGCUCUCAGUCAUCCCUAUUUUGCACCACUUCCCCGGAAACUUGACGAACUACCAGAUGAGGCAUCAAUAUUUACCGUCGAAGGUGUGUACCUCUAUCCAGAGCCCAAUCGCCAAUAUAAAUGAAAGUUAAGGCAAGUGAUAUCCUUGGAUGGGAUACGCUCAUAUUGUUGACAGAGUCACCACACGAUGGCCUAAUUGGGUCGUCACAUCAAUCUUUAUUGGAUAUCUUAUGCUUUUCAAUCUUACCACUUUUCCCCUAUAAUUUUCUUUUUCUUCCUUUUUCCCGCCCAAUAUAAAGUGUAAUCAAAAUAUUGUAAGAAAAGAAAAUCCAUAUUUUAUGAGAAAUAACACUUUAUCACCAAACCCAUUUGUAGAGAAAUAAUUAGAGAGAGAGAGAAUACGAAAAGAUGAAUUAAAUGAAAUUUUGAUACAGUA